GACAGCCGGGUCUUCCCCUGCCUCAGCGCGUCGGUCAAUUGCCGGAUCGAAGACAUGUGCACGUUGCACAUGUCGGGCGAGUUCUGCGUCGAGCCCCCCCCAGGCUUCUUGCCCGCGGUAAGCGAGCUGAGCGGGGUCGCCAGCGACAGCGGUGGAACGACCCUGCCCGUCGGCCCCAUGGCCUCCGUGCAGGGCAACACCGAGUCCCAGCGGGACGGCACCCGCGAGAGCAUCUCCUUGCUGCACCUGUGCGCUCUGCAGGGGACGCCGGGGGUGGAGGUCGCAGAGAAGCUGGCCAGCAAGCACGGUGUGCCGUACAUCCCCUUGCUGGACGGAAUGGCGGAGGAGUUCCACGUUUCGAUGCUGCUCAAGCCCGUGUGGCGGGACGACGAGUUCUCGCUCCCGUACCCUCUGGCGCUGCGAUCUGGAGCGAGCUCCGCCAAGCACAUCGACAAGCUCAAGGCGGUCCACCAAAAGCACAUGAAGGAGGCAAAGCAGAAAUGGAAAAAGCGGCUCGGGUGGGUGGAGGAGGAGGAAGGGAAGGACGAAUCCGACAUCAUGAAGAAUGUGAUAGCCGAAGCGGCUGCGUUGAUUGCUGGUUCCUGA